AUGGUCGGCAAAAAAGGGGCUGCUUCAGGGGGUGCAGGAAGCAAGACCAAGAAAACCAACCACAAGGCUUCUAAUAGCAAUCUGGCUAAGAAAAGCCAACCUGCCGUCUCAUCUGUACAGGUUGGGCCGGGUGAGAAGCAGAUGAUAUCCGAUGAGGCCCGGGGGCAGCAACAGAGGGUCCUAAACGUGUUCCGGCACGCAUUCAGUGAAGUGCUCUCCUUGCCAGAAUUCACGGCCACAUUGCAAUCGGUCAAACAAGCACUCUUCGAUCGGGACUUUGCCAAGGCUUUCGGCGAUCCAGAGCACUUGGCCGUGUAUGCGGCGAGAUGGAGCCCAACCCGAGCGUUGUGCUAUGCGUUGGUGUUGAAUGGGAUCAAAGAGCAUCUGGAGCCUCUCUGUUCUAACCCCCAGCUGGACGGUGGUGGCAUAGGCGAUGACGAGGCUCUGGACGAGGAGAAUCCCGCAUCCACUGCCGAGCUCCAACGGCCGCAACAACUGAGAGUUCUCUCCAUCGGCGGCGGCGCAGCCGAGCUGGUGGCCUUCGGCGCAUUCCUGAACGAGCACGCCUCCGUCAAGUCGGCGCACCUCUCAGGCUCCAUAACCCUUCUCGAUUCCGGCCCCUGGACCACCGUCGUCUCGCAGCUGACCACAGCGCUCACCACCGCGCCGCCGCUCUCCAAAUACGCGAGCGCAGCCGCCAAGCUAUCCAACACGGCCAUGCUCUCCCCAUCACUCUUCACAUCCGCUUUCGUCCAGCACGACGCUCUGACUCUGGGCAAGGACCGCCUCUCCUCCCUACUCGGAGCCACUCCGCUCCUCGUAACCAUCCUCUUCACGCUGAACGAGCUCUUCACGGCCGGCGGCAUCGGCAAGACCACGGCCUUCCUGCUCGACCUGACGGCAACUGUUCCUUUCGGCUCGGUGCUGCUCGUGGUCGACAGCCCCGGGAGCUACUCGGAGACCAGCGUGGGCAAAGAAGCCAAACGCUACCCGAUGCAGUGGCUCCUCGACCGCAUCAUGCUCGGCACGCGGCAAGAACCGGUCAAUGGGCGGCGGUGGGCCAAGAUCGAGUCGCACGACUCGGUCUGGUUCCGGCUGGCGAGCGAGGCGCUCGAAUACCCCAUCCCGUUGGAGAAUAUGCGGUAUCAAAUGCACCUGUACAGGGCGGAGGAUGCAACUCCGGGCGAUGAAGAAAGAUAA